UCCGAGUGUUACACGAUGUUCUCUCACUUUCUCUCUCUCUCUCGUUUGUGUUGCUCGGGAAUUCGGGUGCUGCUGUGCAGCAUCGCAAAGCGUCGUCCCCCGGUUGGGCACCAGUUCUUGCAGAUUCUUUCGUUCCGAAAGACGGCACGGUCUGCGUCGGUUUUUGUAGGUGUGUACGCGUCGAAAAACCCGCGACCGGUUCCGGCGCGUCAUCAUUUGAACGGUGUCGAAUGAAACUGGCAGCAGAAAACCCCAAAAAGGAAAGGAAAAGAAAACAAAAGCAAAUACUUGCACCCGUGCAGAGGGGGAUCGAUGUCAAUCUCAUUCAUCUCACUACGGGAGUUGCCAUGAGAAAUGAUCAAAGUUUGUGAAGGAUUGCAAAAAAAAAGGCAACGAGUGAAGGAUUAGCGAAGGGUGUUUGAAUCCUUCCUUUGAAUUUCUUCAAACAACAGUUCAAACAAACGAAUGUUUUGUGUUUUGUGUGCGUGAAAUAGUCGUGAAGACGAGCCGUGAAUAGUGAAUGAGCUGUGCCCGGGCAAUUGACAAAAGGGUUUAAACCUGUCCGGUAAAACAACCUCAUCGUUUGGUGGAGUAAAGGCAAAAACGAAAGAAGAAGAAAAAAAUGCGAAAACAAGUUACAGAGAAGUAAUCGAGAGAAAGUGGCAGAACAACCUUCAGUAGCCAGUAUCGCAUUGCAUACUGUUGGCUGGUGGUAAUCGUCGUUGCUGGCGUAGAAAAACAACAUUGCAAAGUGGCCGCUUUUUGGGUUGGUGAAGCUUCGACCUCAUUUUUGGAGUGAUGCCUCACUAGUGCGAACGUGGAAGGUGUGUUGAUGGUGGUCAUCCGGAAUAGGAGCAAAAAAAAGGAACAGCAAACCAAACGAAUUGUCACCAGCUGGUGUCGUGAAACAAUUCUCAAACCCAGCUUGGCACCAUUUCCGGGACGGCUUCUUGACACGGAAAGGUCUCAUCAGCGUGUUUCCAGCAGGGCCGUGUUCGCAGUUCAUCGCCGGAAAACGGGAUGUCUACUGGUGGCAGCAACCAACUAUUGCACACUAUCCGGUGGUCCGUGUUACGACUCAAGUGGUACCGGAAUUAAACAGCACGGCAACAAAAAGAAGACCUGAUUUCCGGUUCAUCACGUUCGAGGUUCACGGUGUGGUUCGUGUUUUAUGCACGCGCCUCUAAUUUGCCAUCGUGCUAGUGCUAGACGAGAUUGGACGGUGUGGACGAAUUAAAAUCACUUUAUUGCUAGAGGGGACGAGCUCAAAAAAAAAAAACACGGAGACACCCAGCGUACGUGCUCAUCCUUAAGCAGUGUCCAGUUUGUGUGAGAGCGAAAGUGUGCGCAAGUGUGUCGCUGUGUGUUUCUGUGUGUUUUUGCGUGUGAUUGGGGUGGGUAUUAAACGUGAAUCAAAACACAAGGUGCGAACGUGUCGGUAGUGUAGGAUCGCGUCAAGUGUGCAAAUCAUCAACCUCCAUACCCACCGGAAAUGUCAUUCAUAAUUACUUCUUCAAAGUCACACCGAGUGCGUGACGUGGUGGAACACGAUGGGUACCGGGUUCUAGCACACCGAGAGCUCAACCGUGAUCGCGAGUGAAAACUUGUGCGAUGUUGGUGCCGCAACGUAUCGGUACGCGGACACUAGGUUACUUACGCCCCCCCUUACCAUGAGGGCCCAGUUACGUUCGGGGCAUUCCGUUGCAGAUAGGUGAACGUUCACGUGUACUACAGCAGACAGAAACCGCGCUCUGUUUGGGACAGUGAGUGAACGGGCGAAGCGAAGAAGUAGCUUUAUUGUGUUCCGUUUUGUGUGGUUGUGUGUGUGAGAGAGAUAGAGAGUGUGUUUGCCAGCAUGUCCCGGUGGGAUGCAGCAUUGAUACUGAUGGCGCUGCUCGGUUGGAGCUCGCUCCCAUCAACGGAGGGUUGCCCGGCGGAGGUGUGCGUGUGCAAGUGGAAGGGUGGCAAACAGACUGUCGAGUGUGGAGGACGCUACCUGAACCGGCUGCCCGACGGUAUGGAUCCGGGCACGCAAGUGCUCAACUUUUCCGGCAAUAGCCUAACGAUACUGCAGAGCGAACGGUUUCGCAAGAUGGACCUUAUCAACCUGCAGAAGAUCUAUCUCGCCCGCAACCAGCUGGUGAAGAUACACGAUCGUGCGUUCCGUGGGCUCACCAAUCUGGUGGAGCUCGAUCUCUCCGACAACACGCUGUCGGAGGUACCGACCGAAACGUUCCAGGACUAUGCAGCUCUGAUGCGGCUCUCGCUUAGCGGGAACCCGAUACGGGCACUAAGGUCCAACGCCUUCAAGCAACUGUCAUACCUGACGACGCUCGAGCUGAGCAACUGUCAGAUUGAGCUCGUCGAGGACGAAGCGUUCAUCGGCAUGGACAACCUGGAGUGGUUACGGUUGGAUGGUAAUCGCAUCACUACUAUUCGUGGUGCACACGUACUGCCCGAGUCACUGCACGGUAUCAAUCUGCAGAGCAACCGGUGGCACUGUGACUGCCAUCUGACGGACGUGUACACCUGGCUGAAUAGCUUUAACGUACCGCAGCGGGAAGAAAUCAAGUGUAGUGGACCACCGCGGUUGGUGGGCGAAACGGUUAAAACCCUCACGCUAGAUGAUCUCGCAUGUUUGCCGGUGGUGACGCCGGAAACUUCCUACCGCGAGAUCGCCGAAGGGCGCAACAUCUCGCUCGACUGUCGGAUAGCGGCCAUUCCCGAGCCAACGGUGGCGUGGCUAUUCCAGGGUCAGGUACUGCUCAACGAUAGCCUCCUAUCGCCCAGCCUACACCUGUACUACUACGUGGACGAGCUGGAUGGUGCAAAGCACAGUGAGCUGUUCAUCUACAACAUCAACGCGGACGAUAAUGGGACGUACUCGUGUGUGGCGGAGAAUUCGGCCGGACGCGUACAAACCAACUACACACUGCACGUCAUCGUGAAGGAGGAGCCGAUCGUGGAGCAGGUCACCUUCUCCGAGGAGUACUUCCUGGCGAUCGUAGCAGCCAGUGCGGCAACCGCAGUACUACUCUCCCUACUGUGCUGUAUCGUUGCCUGCAAGUGUGCCCGAUCGCGGCGUUCGUCCGCGGGAGGCAAGAAGAGCCGCAGUUCGAAGAGUGCCUCCGAUGGUUCGGGUGCACCCAGCCAGCAAAAGUGUGCCUCGAUAACGAACGACAUCGGUGAACCACUGACGGCGGCCAAAAUGAACGGUGCGCUGGCACUGGGUGAUGGUGGCAAUCCGCAAGACAUUGUGCUUUACCUGAACGCGAAUCCAAACGGGUUGGACAAGGCGGCACUCAACAGUAUGACGGCGAUGGCACAGUUUUGUAGCCCACCGUCCGCACGCAGCUAUCAGGAUCAGAACCCGGAUCUGAUAAACGAUGCGGAAAGUGGACAGCACAAAACGCGCCCACGGCCAGACGCGAUCGAUUCCGAUCUAGGUGAGAAGGAUUCGGAUGAGCAGAGCAGCGUACAGGACGGUAGCAGUGAGGCAAGCUUUCAGCAGCAACAGCAACCGGGUCCGUAUUAUCCGCCGAUGAUUCUACGCGGUCCACGUUUCGCUUCCUCCGCCCUGUCCACCUUGCCGCGCGGUGGCACGGCAGCCCUAGCAGGCAAGGACCUUGCGGCCUACCAGCAUCAGGUGGACAUUCAUCUGAGUCCCGGGUGCUUUCUCGAUCAGAACGGUUACCCGGUCGAUCUAAGCCUGAUGACGGCACCGAGUGGCCCACCGGUGAACUACUACCGUACGCUGCCCCACAAGAAGCAUCAGCAGCAGCACCAGCAACAGCAGCAGCAGCAGCAGGGUACGGGUAAGACGCUCGCUCGGUACGCCAACGAUGCCGAGUUUAUAAAUCGCACACAAUCACCAGCCGCCUACCAGAUGUACGCUCCGACCGAUGUGCGGUACACGGCCGAGGGCUACCCCCAGGGUCAGCAGAAUGACCAUACACAGUUUCCUUCACCGCCGGACGGUUACAAGGGCGAAGUGCAUCCCGUGGCCUACAUGAGCUCAACGGCAGCAGCAGCGGCCGCCUUCUGUGUUGGGCCUACACCACCCCAACAGUGGCCCACCUUCCUGCCCGGGUUCCAUCCGCAGCUUAUCCCCAUCAUGGCGCCGGGCGGUGGUGCGCUACUCGCCUCACCCAUGAUGGCCUCCCCGAGCAGUGGUCCUUCGCCGCAGCCACAGCUGAGCAGUCCACAGACGCAGCCGGGCAGUGCGCUAAAGAAAUGUUCCGUCGGUGCGCAAACGUCCGAGCUGGACAAGGACGUCAUACCGGAGCAGCGCGAAGAGGAAGAGGAGGAAGAGGACGAUCACGAAAAUGGUGGCAGUACGGUGAAGCUGCGGCAUCUGACGGGCCCACUGGCGGACAGUCCGGACGAGGGCUAUGUAGGGGAUAGUCACGAGACGAGCGACAUUUGACAGCAACCCAAACACGACCAGGCGAUGCACCAUCAUCAGCUACACCGGCAUCAACACCACCAACACCAGCAGCUCGAGUCGGACGAUGUGCCAUUAUAAGACUAGUGCGAUGCGUUAGAUUCUUCCGGUUUGUGUUUUGUACAUUUUGUAGUAUAAAAUUAGACAGAUCACCCAUAUUCGUGGUGGUGGAACGGGAGUGACUGAACGAUGACACGAUCGCGAUCUCUCUUCCCUUACGGAAGUGACAUUCUUUUCAUACUGUGCAUAAAAAAGCGUAUGGAAGUGCUUGUUGUUAAGGGUGCCAAUAUGGUAACAAUUCCCCCUGCCAAAACGGAGACACAACUCUUGAUGGUGGGUGAUGCCGUCGCGCUUAUCACUACUUUCCUACAGGUUUCACACAGCACUGUAUCCCGCAUUCGCUUCAACGGUGAAGCUUCCGGGGGGCAAAGAGUUUAACGUGAUACACCUGUGUGUUGUGUGCACCAUGGAAUGCCAUUCGAGGCGUAGAUCAAAUGUCGAUUAGAGGAAGAAAUCGUUUAAAAUGUGUAUCUCGUAGAUGGGAAGCGUUAAAGCAUGGCCAAACAAAACUGUGACAAGUUUUCAGUUUCUUUAGUCGCUUAUUCCCUUUGGAUGGUUCAGAAUAAAAACAAGAAUUGUGAAAUUUUGUCGAAUCCAGUUGCG